UAUUUCAGGGCUGGUGUGAGAUCUUAUCAGGGAUAGGACUGUUGUCGGGACCAUCUAUAGGCGGCGUUCUAUACGGGCUAGGCGGGUUCACACUUCCGUUCGUCUCUGUCGGCGGCCUAGGAAUGCCGUGCAUCCCACUGGUGGCGUAUGCAGUACCCUCCUCGACGUCAGAUUGUCAGACGCUUUUGAAAGAGGCGAACAAGAAGAGCCUUACGAGGGAUCUCAUGUGUCAGACGAGGGCUCUCCUGAUCUGCCUCACAGUGGUUUGCAGCAUCGCCGUGUGGUCAAUACUUGACCCAAUCCUUGAGCCCUUCCUCAGAAAACUGCCACCGGAAAUGAUCGGCGUGAUUUUUCUCGUCAUGGCGACAACGUACGCCGCGUCUUCGCCGCUUUGGGGAUGGCUGUCUGAUAAAGUUGUGAGCAAUAAAGAUAAGACUUAUACGGUCUGUGUUAAUUACUGUACGCAGCUGACAACCAAACAUAGUACCCUACUUCAGGGCAGAUAAAUACGACAUGUAAUGAGCAAACUUUAUGAGUUUUUUGUCAAAGUACUGCGGAUGUGGUUGGUCUGUUUGGAAUGUCUAUUUGUUUGAUUGUUAAGAGGGCUUGUUAAGAAAAUUGUUUUUGGUUACGAGUACUAAAUGGACAUACUUAUUCCAAUACAUAAUAUGUGCAUAAGUUGAAUCAGAGGUAUGGGGGAACGCGGUAGAAAGCAAUACUUGUUGGUAUAGAUCGCCAACAAUAACCUGCUGCAUGCGAACUCUAAUAGCAUAUCUGAUACUCUUGUUAUUUGUCUUAAAUUCAUUCUGUUUUGUUCGUGCACAAGCCUUAGGAAUUUACAAUCUCCAUAAUCGCAAUUUAGUCAGUUAUCGCUUUUGGCCUGGGGCGUAGUCCCAUGGCCAUAGCAAUGAUACCAAUUUCUGAGCCUAUCCAAAUUGGCUGGCUGCCAAAAACCAAAUUCCCAAAACUCCGAUUUACCACUUAAUUCAUGCGCAAUAAAAGUAGUUAUUCGCAGAUCUCAAUAACCCGCCUUGUAAAUACAGAACAUCGCUAUAUAACAUGACAGUGUCAUAAAAAGUGUAAAAAAAAUAUUAAAAUAUUAGUUGUUAAAAUUAUCGUUCUUUCUUAGUUUGUUUCUUGCACUAUUUAUUGUUGACGUUUUGAGCCAAUUUAAUGCGCAUUGAUACGUAAAAAGUUACUUUCCGGUGACAGAUUGUAAACAAACCAAACGAAAGCCAAUUCGGUAUCUCAGAUCGCUGUAAUCGUGGUAUAAAUAGUAAGUUUCAAUUCAAAUUUAUGUUUAAAACUGCUUUUCAUUUGAUUGUUACAUCUAUAUCGUUAUUUUAUUGAUGUUUGAACUUGACCUCGUGAGUUGUCACAUAAUUUCGCGACCCGGAAAUAUUUGUCAUUAAAAGUUUAGACAUUCUUCGGAGUGAGUUGUGCUUUUAAAACUGUAUUCAGCAUGAUUUUAUUGGUAUUGUACAUAUAUUCUGUUGUAGAAAGACAUUUUUAAAUUUUCUAGCUUGUAUUUAUGUGUGCUUUUCCUGUAAAUAUUGAUUGAAAUUCUUCAGUUACCUUCACACUAGAAUAUCAGCUUCUGAAAACUUUAGAACAGCAAUGUUAACAGCAUUUUGCAAGCCAGUUUAGUAUAAAAUUCUUAAAUCUUCAAAUGAUAAAAAAGAGUAUUAUUUUGAACCAUUUGUUGCGUUUCCAUUAUAGCACCGUGUAAGAGCGUUGUGAUUUGUCAUUGCUCAGUGUUGUGUUGUCCAGUUUCAGUGUUCAGUGAUUAAGUUUAGUGGCUGUGUUGUUUAGUGAAUUAUUGUGUUGAUACAUUAUGCCCGUAUUUGUUUAUAGAUUUUUAUGCCCCCGGUAGGGUGGCCUAUAGCAGUUGAACUGUCCGUCAGUCAGUCAGUAUGUCAGUCUGUCCGUCCGUCCGAACACUUUUAUGGUCAUAACUUUUAAUAUUUCAAUUUUCAAUAUUUAACAUAGCAACUUGAUAUUUGGCAUGCAUGUGCAUCUCAUGGAGCUGCACAUUUUGAGUGGUGAAAGGUGAAGGUGAAGGUCAUCCUUCAAGGUCAACUGUCUAAUAUAUGGCGUCAGUCCGUCCGUCCGAAAACUUUAACAUUGGCCAUAACUUUUUCACUAUUGAUGAUAGCAACUUGAUAUUUGGCAUGCACGUGUAUCUCCUGGAGCUGAACAUUUUGAGUGGUGAAAGGUGAAGGUCAAUGUCAUCCUUCAAGGUCAAAUGUCUAAUAUAUGGCGUCUGUCCGUCCGUCCGAAAACUUUAACAUUGGCCAUAACUUGUUCACUAUUGAUGAUAGCAACUUGAUAUUUGGCAUGCAUGUGUAUCUCUUGGAGCUGAACAUUUUGAGUGGUAAAAUGUGAAGGUCAAGGUCAUUCUUCAAGGUCAAAUGUCAAAUAUUCCGUCCGUCCGAAAACUUUAACAUUUGGCCAUAACUUUUUAAAUAUUGAAGAUAGCGACUUGAUAAUGGUCAUGCAUGUGUAUCUCCUGGAGCUGAACAUUUUGAGUGGUGGAAGGUGAAAAUCAAGGUCAUACUUCAAGGUCAAAUGUCAAAUAUUCCGUCCGUCCACAAACUUUAACAUUGGCCAUAACUUUUUAAAUAUUGACGAUAGCAACUUGAUAUUUGGCAUGCAUGUGUAUCUCAUGGAGCUGCACAUUUUGAGUGGUGAAAGGUCAAGGUCAUCCUUCAAGCUCAAGGUCAAAGGUCAAAUUUUGCAAUAUUGAAGGUAGCAACUAGAUAUUUAAAAAUGCAUGCGUAUCUCAUGGAGCUGCACAUUUUUGAGUGGUGAAAGGUCAAGGCCAUCCUUCAAGGUCAAAGGUUGAAUAGAUGGCUUCAAAGCGGCGAAAUAGGGGGCAUUGUGUUUCCGACAAACACAUCUCUUGUUGUAUUAUAAACCAGUUAGCAUUUGUAAAUUUGAUCACAUUCAACCGUUUCUGAUAAAACAGUGAAAUUAAAUUACUCACAUUUUAUUUAA